AUGGGGGGUUUUAGAGGGAAUAGAGAACGAGUGAAUUGGAGAGAGAAAGAGAAAAAGAAAAGGUUCAAUAAUGGCCGAUUGUGCAGUUUUAUUACUUUGGGUGAAAUGGAGAAAAAGGGAAUGAAAAACUCGAAAAAAAAGGAAAAAAGAACUACAAACUACCGUAUUAUUGGAGUAUCAUGCUUAGAGAAAAUAAGGUAA